CUCAACUAGAGAAGUAAAAUAGUGAGAGUAGAGAGAUGAAUGGAGUAAUAGGACUGCGUGUUCGUCCAUGGAGUUUUCACCUCUUCUUUGACUACUCUCCUUCAACUUUUCCCGUGCGUCGGGAACUAUGCUGUUCUGCUUCCUUCAAAAGCGACAGAAAAGAGAAGAUAAUCGUUAUCUCCGGUCCUACUGGCGCCGGUAAAUCCCGCCUCGCACUCGAGCUUGCUAAGCGUAUUAAUGGAGAAAUUAUCAGUGCCGAUUCUGUUCAGAGGAUUAAAAAUGGGACUCCGUCAUCUGUUUACCAAGGUCUUGAUGUUGGCUCUGCCAAGCCUACACCCGCUGAGAGGAAGGAGGUACCUCAUCAUUUGCUAGACAUUUUGCACCCAUCUGAAGAAUAUUCUGUUGGUCAAUUCUAUGAGGAUGCAAGACAAGCCACAAGAGAUGUUCUUAACAAGGGUCGUGUUCCUAUAGUUACGGGAGGAACUGGUUUGUAUCUGCGGUGGUUCAUAUAUGGAAAGCCUGAUGUUCCGAAAGCAUCUCAUAAUAUUACUUCUCAAGUGUAUGCUGAGCUUGAAAAUCAUCAAUUAGACGAGGAUUGGGAUGCAGCUGUAAAGUUGGUGGUUGAAGCAGGAGUCCCAAAUGCCCCAUCUUUCCCAAAAAAUAAUUGGUAUCGCUUACGGCGUAGCCUUGAGAUUGUUAAGUCAAGUGGAUCUCCUCCAUCAGCCUUCCCAUUACCAUAUGAUUCUUUCAAAGAGCAAUUAGAUUCGGCUGCAGCAAAUGAUUGUCUCAAUAAAGAUGAAAUUGAAGGGAGUCGAUUGAAAGAUUUGGACUAUGACUUCGCUUGUUUUUUCCUUUCAAGCCCUCGACUGGAUUUGUAUAGGUCUAUUGAUUUUCGGUGUGAAGAUAUGUUGUUGGGCUGUGAUGGGAUUUUGUCAGAGGCCAAAUGGCUUCUUGAUAUUGGUAUUCCUCCCAAUUCAAACUCUGCUACUCGAGCUAUUGGUUACCGACAGGGUAUGGAGUAUUUGUUGAGAUGUAGGGAAGGAGGUCAAAGCUCUGCAAGGGAAUUCUUGUCUUUCCUAUCUGAAUUUCAAAAAGCAUCCAGGAAUUUUGCAAAGAGGCAACUGACAUGGUUCCGUAAUGAGCCUAUUUAUCAUUGGCUCAAUGCUUCUAGACCCAUGGAGCAGGUCCUGAAUUUCAUCCAGGACGCAUACCUUGACCAAAAUACAACUUUGACAGUACCAGAAUCCCUGAGAAUGAAGAAUAAUAUUUCUAAUCAUCGAGAAAUGGCUGAACUAAAGGCAUACAGGACAAGAAAUAGGCAUUUUGUUUCACAAGAAGAUUGUGCUGAUAUUCUGACAUGGAUAAGAACUGAAGGAUAAUUUUAGAGGAUAUAUAUUUACGUUGUACAAGAAUCAGGGACCAGGAAGAAUCAUAAUGACUUUGAAGAACCAGGAUGUCUUAUAAACUUGUGCUUGUGCCUCCUGAUUGAUCUCCCAAAAACACAUUGCUACAUUUGUUGCCACUACAAAAGCUGUGGGAAGGUAAGGUAUGAGAACACUGACGAGUGACUCCCCCUCGCUCUUACUCGUGAUUUUCAGUGAUACCAACAAUUGAAUGUUGUCAUCUGCCAUACUGUUUUAAGUCGGAUAGGAAAUUCAAUCGAUAGAGAACAGUUUUUUCAAUUUCGACACACUUUGCCUGCUAAAUUAUUCUUAAAUUAUAGUAUAACUAGUUUAGAAGCCCGUACAAUGCAUGAAGUGUUUAAGAAAAGUAUGUCAAUAUUUCAUAUUUUAAUAAAAUAAUUACUUUGGAUAA